ACCCCUGAGAGCGCAGGCACCUCCCCCUCCUGCCCCUCUGUCCUGCUGGGGGCUGCUGCCAGCCUCCCACCCAGUCCCCCGGGCAGGCUGAGCGGGGUCUCCCUCGAGGGGCGGUCCUGAUGGCCGGGCGCGGGUGGGGUGCCCUGUGGGUGUGCGUGGCAGCCGCCGCCCUGCUGCACGUGGGCGGGCUGGCCCGCGGAGACUGCUGGCUGAUCGAGGGCGACAAGGGCUUCGUGUGGCUGGCCAUCUGCAGCCAGAACCAGCCGCCCUACGAGGCCAUCCCGCAGCAGAUCAACAGCACCAUCGUGGACCUGCGGCUCAACGAGAACCGCAUCCGCAGCGUGCAGUACGCCUCGCUGAGCCGCUUCGGCAACCUCACGUACCUCAACCUCACCAAGAACGAGAUCGGCUACAUCGAGGACGGGGCCUUCUCUGGCCAGUUCAACCUGCAGGUGCUGCAGCUGGGCUACAAUCGGCUGCGCAACCUGACCGAGGGCAUGCUUCGCGGCCUGAGCAAGCUGGAGUACCUGUACCUGCAGGCCAACCUCAUCGAGGUGGUCAUGGCCAGCAGCUUCUGGGAGUGCCCCAACAUCGUCAACAUCGACCUGUCCAUGAACCGCAUCCAGCAGCUGAGCAGCGGCACCUUCGCGGGCCUGGCCAAGCUGUCGGUGUGCGAGCUGUACAGCAACCCCUUCUACUGCUCCUGCGAGCUGCUGGGCUUCCUGCGCUGGCUGGCGGCCUUCACCAACGCCACACAGACCUACGACCGCAUGCAGUGCGAGUCGCCUCCCGUGUACUCCGGCUACUUCCUCCUGGGCCAGGGCCGCCACGGCCACCGCAGCAUCCUCAGCAAACUGCAGUCUGUCUGCACCGAGGACUCCUACGCGGCUGAAGUGGUCGGGCUCCUCCCAGCACCGGGCCGUUCACAGCCAGGCCGCUCCCCGCCCCCGCCGCCGCCAGAGCCCAGCGACUUGCCCUGUGCCGACGACGAGUGCUUCUCUGGGGACGGCACCACACCGCUGGUGGCCCUGCCCACGCUGGCCACGCAGGCCGAGGCCCGUCCCCUCAUUAAGGUCAAGCAACUGACACAGAACUCGGCCACCAUCACUGUCCAGCUGCCCAGCCCGUUCAACCGCAUGUACACCCUGGAGCACUUCAACAACAGCAAGUCGUCCACCGUGUCCAGGCUGACCAAGGCGCAGGAGGAGAUCCGCCUGACCAACCUGUACACGCUCACCAACUACACCUACUGCGUGGUGUCCAGCAGCUCGGGGCUGCUGCACAACCACACCUGCCUCACCAUCUGCCUGCCCAAGCCGCCCAGCCCGCCGGGCCCCGCGCCCAGCCCCUCCACCGCCACCCACUACAUCAUGACCAUCCUGGGCUGCCUCUUCGGCAUGGUGCUGGUGCUGGGCGCCGUGUACCACUGCCUGCGCAGGCGGAGGCGCCAGGAGGAGAAGCACAAGAAGGCGGCCUCGGCGGCCGCAGCCGGCAGUCUGAAAAAGACCAUCAUCGAGCUCAGAUACGGGCCUGAGAUGGAGGCUCCUGGCCUGGCCCCGCUGUCCCAGGGCCCACUGCUGGGCCCCGAGGCCGUGACCCGCAUCCCAUACCUGCCAGCAGCCGCCAGCGAUGUGGAGCCGUACAAGCUGGUGGAGGGUGGCGAGACGCCCAAAGCCACCAAGGGCAACUACAUCGAGGUGCGCACGGGGGAGCAGCCGGAACGCAGGGACUGCGAGCUGGGCCGGCCGGGCCCUGACAACCAGACCUCGGUGGCCGAAAUCUCCACCAUCGCCAAGGAGGUGGACAAGGUCAACCAGAUCAUCAACAACUGCAUCGAUGCCCUCAAGUCCGAGUCCACCUCCUUCCAGGGCGUCAAGUCCGGGGCUGUGUCCACGGCCGAGCCGCAGCUAGUGCUGCUGUCAGAGCCGCUGGCCGGCAAGCACGGCUUCCUGUCGCCGCCGCCGUUCAAGGACACGUUCGGCCACGGCCUGCAGCGGCACCACAGCGUGGAGGCGGCCGGGCCCCCGCGCGCCAGCAGCUCCGCGGGCGGCUCCGCCCGCAGCCCCCGCGCCUUCCGUGCCGAGGCCGCCGGCGCGCACAAAGCCGCGGGCGCGGAGACCAAGUACGUGGAGAAGAGCUCGCCCGCAGCUGACGCCAUCCUCACGGUGACACCCGCAGCCGCAGUGCUGCGGGCCGAGGCCGAGAAGGGCCGCGCGUACGGGGAGCACCGGCACUCGUACCCCGGCUCCCACCCCGAGCCGCCCGCGCCGCCCGCGCCCCCGCCACCGCUCGAGGGCCUGGGCGGCCGCAAGGCGUCCAUCCUGGAGCCACUGACGCGGCCGCGGCCGCGCGACCUGGCCUACUCGCAGCUGUCCCCGCAGUACCACAACCUGAGCUACACCUCCAGCCCCGAGUACACCUGCCGGGCGUCCCAGAGCAUCUGGGAGCGCUUCAGACUGAGCCGCCGGCGGCACAAGGACGACGAGGAGUUCAUGGCCGCCGGCCACGCCCUGCGCAAGAAGGUCCAGUUCGCCAAGGACGAGGACCUGCACGACAUCCUGGACUACUGGAAGGGCGUGUCCGCCCAGCACAAGUCCUGA